GCGCUCCCGGCCGCUCCGCCCGCCGCCGCCCGCCGCGCUCCGCCGCCUGCUCGCCGCCCGCCCCUCGGGGACCGGGACCGGGACCGCGCCGCGGGAGCCGCGCCCCUCCCUCGCCAGGCCGGGCAGCGAGCGGCCGGGGACGGGUCCUGGCACCCACCAUGCGGCCCGGGCUCUGGCUCCUGGUGCUGGUGCUCAGGGAGGCUGCCCGCGCGCGGAGCCCCCAGCCCGCAGCAGGUCCUGAUGAAGGCCCAGGCUCUAGAUGGACUGCCAAGGGGACCACGAAAAGCUGGAAUCGGAGAGCCCGAGAGAGCCCUGGGCAGGUGUCGGAGCCGGACAGGACCCAGCUGAGCCAGGACCUGGGAGGGGGCACCCUGGCCAUUGACACACUGCCAGAUAACAGGACCAGGGUGGUGGAGGACAACCACAGCUACUAUGUGUCCCGUGUAUAUGGCCCCAGCGAACCUCGCAGCCAGGAACUGUGGGUGGACGUGGCCAAGGCCAACCGGAGCCAAGUGAAGGUCCACAGAAUACUCUCCAACACCCACCGGCAGGCUUCGAGAGUGGUCUUGUCCUUCGAUUUCCCUUUCUACGGGCAUCCACUGCGGCAGAUCACCAUAGCAACUGGAGGCUUCAUCUUCAUGGGCGACGUGAUCCAUCGGAUGCUCACGGCCACGCAGUACGUGGCCCCCCUCAUGGCCAACUUCAACCCUGGCUACUCUGACAAUUCCACGGUCGCUUACUUUGACAACGGGACAGUCUUUGUUGUUCAGUGGGACCAUGUCUACCUCCAAGGCCGGGAGGACAGAGGCAGCUUCACCUUCCAGGCAGCUCUGCACCGUGAUGGCCGCAUUGUGUUCGGCUACAAGGAGGUCCCUAUGUCCGUCCUGGAGAUCAGCUCCUCCCAGCACCCUGUCAAAGCAGGCCUGUCAGACGCCUUCAUGAUUCUCAACCCGUCCCCGGACGUGCCAGAAUCUCGGCGAAGGACCAUCUUCGAAUACCACCGCGUGGAGCUGGACCCCAGCAAGGUCGCCAGCACGUCGGCCGUGGAGUUCACCCCGUUGCCGACCUGCCUGCAGCAUCGGAGCUGCGACGCCUGCACGUCCUCGGACCUGACCUUCAACUGCAGCUGGUGCCACGUGCUCCAGAGAUGCUCCAGUGGCUUUGACCGCUACCGCCAGGAGUGGCUGGCCUACGGCUGUGCCCAGGAGGCGGAGGGCAGGACGUGUGAGGAAUUCCAGGAUGACGACCACUACUCAGCCUCCCCGGACAGCUCCCUCGGCCCCUUUGACGAAGACCUGGCCACCACCAGCCCCUCCUCUCUUGUCAUCGACACCCUCACCACGGAAGAUGACACCAAGUUGAAUCCCUAUGCGGGAGGAGACGGCCUUCAGAACAACCUGUCCCCCAAGACAAAGGGAGCGCCCAUGCAUCUGGGCGCCAUUGUGGGCAUCGUGCUAGCGGUCCUCCUGGUGGCGGCCAUCAUCCUGGCUGGGAUUUACAUCAGCGGCCACCCUACCUCCAAUGCCGCCCUCUUCUUCAUUGAGCGGAGACCUCACCACUGGCCGGCCAUGAAGUUCCGCAACCACCCCGGCCACUCCACCUACACCGAAGUCGAGCCCUCAGGCCGAGAGAAGGAGGGCUUCGUGGAGGCGGAGCAGUGCUGAGACGCCAGGUCUCCCUGUGGAAGGGUAGGAGAGAAGACGCAGGGGCCGCAGAAGGGAUAGUUAAAGCAAAGAGAAGCGACUUUUCCUGGCCUCUCCGAGCAUAUGAGAGGGGGGUUUAUGGCCCCAGAGCUGUGGCUUAGUCAUCACGCCCCAGACACUGAAGAGGGGGCAGGAAGACAACCACGUGGAGUUUCUUAAGGACAAUAGCCGAAUCUCAUCCUGUUUUGAUGCAAGGGUUCUCCCCUUCUGGGCCUCACAGGGGUCUACUCUGUAGCUGUCCCCGAGCCCCCUCCCCACCCGGAGAUGGCCAGAUGCCCUGCUCCCAGUCACCUAAGCCCCUGCGUACGACACCAGCUAGCUAGAGUCUAGAGUGGGGCUGUGCAUUCCAGGGUCCAUAGACUCAAGGGCUGGUCCUCAUGGCUAUGGAGUCGGUGCAUGGCUAUGGAGUCGGAUGGAGUCCUCAUGGCUAUGGAGUCGGAGAACUUGCGGGGAAAAUUGCAUUUUUAGGCUUUGCUUCCUUACCAUGCCCUUUCUGCUCAGAACCAAUGCUUCUGCACCAAAAUGAGUGCAGCCUGUCUCGGGGGCUGUACCGGAACUGGUGGCCGGCCUCCCCCAGGCACGCCGUGCUGUGCACGGCCACAUGUACCACGUGAGGCUCCCCAUCCCGACGGCAUGUUCGGUGCCCGUUUUAUUUGCUGGCCUGUUCUGCCAUCAGUGCCGGCCCGUACCUCCAAAGGCAGGGCUUGCCCGAUUACUAAUUUCCCUCCUCUGGACUGGAUUAUUAUAGCCAUUAAAGCUGAAUAGGGUGGCUUGAGGGCUCCUGAGACAAACCCAGCAGGGAACUUCAGUUGCGUCCUUCAGAGAAGCAAAGCGCCAGAAUGGCUGGGACAGAGGCAGCCGGCAUGGCAGUGAAGGACUUUCUGCACAAGACCUUCACCUGGAAAAUUGCCACCAUGUCCCCGGCUCUGCAACAAGCUUUUGGGGCAGGGAGUUUAGGCUCCCAAACUUAACCCGGCUUUAAGGGAGGUCUGUCCCAGAGAUGAGUUGGGGCUGCUUCUGAAGGGCAUUUACAAUUAAAAUCUAUCGCUCACCCUCAUUCAAAAUAAAAAAUAUCAGCAGCAAAUAAAUGUUAA